AUGGAUCAGCCCUCUUACCCCUACAGCCGAUAUCCCCAAGACGACCAAGAAGCAUACGACAGACCUGCGCACCCAGAAAUUGUCUCACACCACGGCUACCCAAACCUGAAGAGGUCUUUCUCUGAAGCAGAACCACCUGCUUACCAGGAAAUCGUCCAGGAUCUCCGUGACGACAGCUCCAAGAUGACAGCCAGCCACGAGCACAAGCUCUUGGCCUUCAAGAGGACACAGGAUAAACACACCAUAGUUGACCAGCAAGGCCGCAUGCAACAACUAGAGUUGUCCGCUCAACUCCACGGGAUGUUCUUCCUUUCCGAAAUGCCUGCGAAUACAUCAGAUGGCUCGCUCAGACAGCCUGAGUUGACCUGUUACCGAAGAAAUCUAUUUCAAAUCAGCGGCACUCUUGUUACACCACGAGGUCAACUGUCUGUGAUCACCGAAUCUGGCGAGACUGUUGCAGUCAGCAACAUGGAAGUUACUAUUUCUGCCAUUGAAUCUGUUGAUGGCAACCCGGUCCGAUUAAUCGUGAUUCCGUGGAAAACCCCUCCACCAAACUCACCAGAGACAAACCAAACCCCAGAUCAAGAACCGCAGUCCCUGCCCCUAAUUCCUUUCCAGGACGAUGGGACAGAAUCUGAUGGCGAAUAUGCCGUGUACCCCAUUGGGUGGCGACGCCUUCAAUUCAGGAUUGCAACUGCAAACAAUGGUCGUCGAAAGGAGCUCCAGCAACAUUUUGUCCUUCAUCUCAAAGUCGUUGGAACAUUGGCCAACGGUAACAAGACUGUGCUCACGGAAUCCACGACGGCGCCCAUCGUCGUCAGAGGGCGAAGCCCUCGUAACUUUCAAGCCCGAAAGGAGAUCCCUUUGUUGGGAUCCAGUGCAGGGUCUCGAGGACAAGCCCUUGUGGAAACUGGAGUGGGAGUUGUUGCGGGCCCCCUAAGCGCAAAGCACCAGGAAGCGAAACCGAGAGGCAUUGACGCUCAGCUCCCACGGACAGCCUUUACCUUUAAUGCGCCAAAGAUCCCGGGCACACAGUUAGGCCCAAUAAGAUCUAACUCAUAUCCAACUUGGGGAACACCGCCAGCCCAGGUGCCCUUGGGUCAUAUCCCAAGCUCCGGUGCAGAGAGUUACCCUGCGGCAUCAAUGGGCCCUCUGGCUGGUACGGCCAGUUUCCCUGCUGAAUCACAAGGAAUGCCCAUCCAAUCAUCGAUGGAACCCCCUGUGCCCAUAUCCAUGACAACGACUGGCCCUCCGCAGUUAUCGAUACACACCACUCCGCUCGGAAGCCAUGACCAGGCCAUGAACAUCCCUCGUUACGUCGAUAAUCCAAGGCCGUUGAAGAGCCCACGACACAUGAGCCAUCCCUCCAUAAGGAGCGCGGGCUCAGUAGCGAACACCGACGCCUCUCCAGAAUAUCGAUACGCCCCGUAUGCGCCCGUGAACUCGAGUUCUAGCGAGGUUGCGCAGCCUAGUUACAACCCAGAAACAUCUGGGCCAUCUUCAGUGCCUGCAAGGGACUACUACGCCCCUGCGCAUACCUGGACAUCAGCGUCUGGGGAGCAUAGUACGAAUCUGGCAUAUGCCAGCACUGCUGAGUCUCGACCAUAUCCUUUCCCUCAAGACGAGUACAAGAGUACACCUGCGGGAUCGUCGCCAACGAAGACCGAAUCGAGCCAGCCGCAGGGUUCGUCGGUCUAUAACGGAGCCGCGAGAGGCUCUUUUGAUGCCAUACAUCAGUAUUCCUGGAAUGGGAACUAG